CAAUCCAAUAGUUUCUUAGAUCUGUAUUCAAAUUGUUUAGAAAAAGUUGUACUUUUUGGGGGGCGGGGGGGCGGACCUGCAUUCAAUUCGUUUUUAGUCACCUUUAAAGUAACUAUUUGUUGCGCCGGAAAAAAAACAACAAGUUGAUUUUCUACAUUUUUAAAAUAAUAGUUCUCCCAGUGUCUAUGGUAGGGCGUGUUCUCUGAACCACAGAGGACAUCUGGUGAUGUGCUGUUGAUAAGGAGGUGUAAAAGACAAAAUGGCGAAUGGAAGAAGACGAAAACGAAGCAAAAAGAAUCUCAUCAUUAUCAGAGGUUUGCCCGGAGUUGGAAAGAAGUUCUAUGCAAGAAAGCUCCUUGAUAAAUUUGGAUGUGGACAGAUGUUCUCCGCCUCCUUCUACCAUGCUAUGGUCAACUGGAACAGACAAUACUUCUCACGUAACCAUAUGUGGAAUAGACAAGAUGUCUUUAGAGCCAUGAAGGAAGGUGUGGAUCCGAUCAUCGUUUACAACAUCCACUCUUUUCUUUCUGACAUGUGGCCCUUUAUCACCAUGGGGAUGCGUCAGGGUGACUAUCAAAUCACUAUGAUGGAGCUGCCUCAAGGUUAUCCUAAUAACCCUUUCCCCAUCAACCAGCUGUACAGAAUCUGUAAUUGUAAGAUCCCCAAGCAGAAGUUCAGGUUCUGGGAGGAUAACUGGCAAGAAGCUGACAGCAUCUGGGAUGUCCUUAACGACCGCUCCUCCAUAUACCGCUGGCAGUAUAGCAGAGAGGAAUGGAACCUCUAGUGAAGACACACACACACACACACACACAGUACCUCCAAAUUUUUCUUUUUUUCUUUCUUAGCUUUUUCAAAACUACACUGUUUUUUUAAAAGAGUAUUGGUUACCUAGCAACCCCUAGCAACCCAACAACAACGACUCGUACUGUUGUAUUUGUCUUCUUUUGCACUGAUGGCCUGUUUUUGGUUGUGUCCGAGGCGUUUUGGUUUUUCAUACCGUUGAGCCAGCUGCUCUUGAUCGUUGUCUUGACGCCACUCGCGUUUUGAAGUUCAGAACGAGAAACUGUAGGCUUAUGUAGAAAUAAUUGUCCUCGGAUUGAAAAUAAUCAGGAUUAGGGUUUUGGAUAUUGAUCAUCCUAAUCGAGGUGUAGAUUACAUCUCACAUUUUCCAGUGUUCAAACAUGUCAACAAGGCUGGGAUUUUCUCUCAAUGUGACUCUGUGCAGCCAAUGGCAAUAUCCACUUGACAGCUCUAACACAGUUUCACUUUUAAAAAAAAUCUGAUUUGAAUAGUCCUAAAUCGCUCUGGAUAAGAGCAUCUGCUAAAUGUCAAAUGUAUAUGUUUACAUAGCCUGGUCCCAGAUCUGUUGCGGUCUCGCCAACUGCUAUUGGUCAUUGGUGUGACCACAGGACCAUAGGAGUUGGCAAGAGCAUAGACUGCUCUGGGAUCAGGCUACAGUAGCCUACACAUAAAUUGCAAGGAGUCACACUUCUGAAAGGUUUUCGUGUUGCAUGGUGCUUGAAACAACAGUUAUGGGUUUGAUUCCAACAUGGGCCACGUAUAGUUUUCCUGUGUGUGUAUUGCUUGAGAUGUGAUUCUUUUCUUAAUGACGCCGACAGUAUUACAUAAACGGGACUGUGCUGUAGGCUACUAGAUUCAAGCAGACGUGAUGGAAGUACCGAACUGCGAGGACAACGUUUUCCGUACUACGCUACCUACAGAUCUGCAGAAUGAGUCCUAGUAGUCUAAAGUUAGUUCCUUCGUUUCUGACCGCUUUUUAUAACAAUAAUGUUUCAAGCUUUUGCUUAAACCUGCUUUUCUACAAAUUGGCAUCCAUCAUGUUGUGUUUUUUGCCUUCAAUAUGCUUUGUUAAAUAAAUAAUUUGAAAUAA